AUGGAUAUAUCUGAAUUGCUCAAUCCCUCGCCGACCUCGUCUGUUGCCUACGCACCAGAAGUAGUCAAUCAUCAGCGACCGGUUGUAUAUGAUCCUCAACCUGUUGUCAAAGAGUUGUCUCCAAAUACAGACCAACAAAAGGUUGGCUCACAUAGGAUGGCUCGUCAAUAUUCAGAAGAAAACUUAUUGUUUCUUUGGUACCAUUUUAUUGAUCUCAAAAUGACAUGGGAAGAAUGUCUUGAGGCUUUCAAAAACAGGUUUCCAGAGGAAUCUCUAACCACGGGUUCAAUAAAACGACUUUUUUACCGCUACUUCGAAAGCAAAUUCCCGGAUAAAAAGCGCAGACGGAAUCUACAAAAAAUGGCCCCAUCUGUCUUCGAAGUCUGCGAGAGACAUUAUCCCUGGAUGCCAUCGUCCAAACCGAAAGUUACCAAUAUAGCAGAGUCACCCAAUCCGCGACCUACCUCCUCCGCAUUCGAAAAGUCACCUCCAAUCAUAGACCUGGAAAAGGAUGAUGCGCUUAGUAAGUGA